CUUUUUCUUCUUUCUUUUGUCUAAUCAUAAAAUUCGAAAUCGAAUAAUAUCAUCACUUCACUUUAUAAAUAUACCAUCUUUCAACCUACGCCGGGAGGAAAGGCGGGACGACAAAAAUUACAAUUUCAAUCAGAAAGAAUCAUUUGCAACACUUUUGGUUUUUGUCUCGGCCUAAACGAUUAAUAGUAGUGUUUUAGUGCGCGCAAUGGGUUAUAUAGGUACUCAUGGAAUUAAAGCGUUGCAUAGAUACAAGUAUAGUGGUGUUGAUCACUCUUAUGUUGCAAAAUAUGUCCUCCAACCGUUCUGGACUCGUUUUGUUACCUUCUUCCCUCUCUGGAUGCCGCCCAAUAUGAUUACUCUCAUGGGAUUCAUGUUCUUGUCAGUCUCUGCAGUUCUUGGCUUUAUAUAUUCACCUCAUUUGGAUUCACCACCACCAAGAUGGGUUAAUUUUGCUCAUGGACUACUUCUCUUCUUGUACCAGACAUUUGAUGCUGUUGAUGGUAAACAAGCUAGAAGGACCAAUUCUUCUAGUCCAUUAGGAGAACUUUUUGAUCAUGGAUGUGAUGCACUCGCAUGUGCGUUGGAGGCCUUGGCUUUUGGUAGCACUGCUAUGUGUGGAAGAAAUACAUUUUGGUUUUGGGUGAUUUCGGCUGUCCCAUUUUAUGGAGCUACUUGGGAAAACUAUUUCACCAACACCCUAAUCCUCCCAGUUGUAAAUGGACCUACAGAGGGUCUCAUGCUGAUCUACGUGGCACAUUUUUUUACAUCUAUAGUUGGUUCAGAAUGGUGGGCCCAUGAUUUUGGGCAGUCUAUUCCCCUCCUGAGUUGGCUUCCUUUUAUAAAUGGAAUGCCAACCUAUGGAGUUGUCUUGCUGCUUAUGAUAAUUUUUGCUGUUAUACCCACCGUAUCCUGCAAUGUACAAAAUGUUUACAAGGUUGUACAGGCAAGGAAGGGAAGCAUGCUAAAUGCCUUGGCUAUGCUGGUCCCUUUCUGCGUGCUGUUGGGAGUUAUUAUUUUCUGGGAUUGGAUGUCUCCAUCUGAUUUAAUUGCAAGCUAUCCACAUAUGGUUGUGAUGGGAACUGGAUUAGCAUUUGGAUUCCUUGUGGGAAGGAUGAUAUUGGCUCACUUGUGUGAUGAACCUAAGGGGUUGAAAACCAGUAUGUCCGUGUCCUUGUUUUAUCUCCCGCUUGCACUUGCAAAUACGCUCACUGUACGGUUAGAUGACGGAAUUCCCUUUGUUGAUGAGAAAUGGGUUCUUCUUGGAUUCUGUUUAUACACAGCUUCACUAUAUAUGCAUUUUGCAACAUCAGUCAUUCAUGAAAUAACAACAGCUCUUGGAAUCUACUGUUUUAGAGUCACAAAAAAAGAGGCUUGAGUCAUGCUUGUACCAUGUUCCAUGUGACGGUUGACUCUUUACCGUUACAAAUGGAAAUUUUGGACUUGGCCCUUGCAGACCCUUAUGUGCGUUGUUCGUAUUUAUACUAUGUCGUAUCUUACAAAGGUAGUGUAGCAUUUUGAUGCAAGAUUCUUUUCCUUUUACUAUAUUUCACCUGAUUGUAGUAUGGUUUUGUCAGGGUUUAUGUACAUUUAAAUUAUAGUUAGCUUAAAGAAGUUUUAUUUACGUUUGCCUUAGUACCAUACUAUAUCAAAUCAUCCAUUUGUGCAACUUUAUAAUCA